ACUUAGGCCGAACGUCGUCGUUGUUGCGUUAAUUCUCAGCAAGUUAUUUAUUCAACUCACUCAUUUAGGCAUUUUUAAAAAAAUAUUCUGAACACUGAGGCUUACUCGUGGAUUCAUAUAACCCCGCUUCAUUGCCGUGCGCGCCGAAAUAUUUGGAGUGUUAUGAAAGAACCACAGCAGAGUACGAGGAGGAACUUUCUCGAACAAAGGAGAAAAUUGAGCGACAACGUCAACUACUGGACGCUUUUUUUAAACUCCUCGACUUGAUAACAACACAGCAGGAGAUCGUCCACUUGAGCAGCACGAGGGUGAAGAAGACGAUGAAGAGCAAGGUGAGCGGUCACAGCUUCAUCACCGAAAGGAGGAGAGGAGUCGUCCAGCUGAUGGAGACCACCAUAGGGGAGCAUGCGUACACUCGGAUGACGUUCCGCCCUCACAACUUCCUCCGACGGGCCUUCUUGAAGCCGCCUUUGACUCCAUAACAGCUGGUAACACCAUGUUGGAAGACGCCAAGCAAGAGAAUCUUCCCGCCGAGCAGCAGGAGUGGGUCUCCAGCAUGGAGGAGAAGGAGCCAGAGCCCCCCCAUGUUAAAGAGGGGGAAGAGCAGCUGCAGGACGGCGACAUACCCAACAUCCAAAUGAAGCACGUCACGGUGAAGAGUGAAGGAGACGAUGCUGAAAGAGAACCAGCUCAGUCGUCGCGGCUUCGUUGCAAAGAGGACGGACAUCGCCGCCGCGGAGAAGCGCGCAGCCGCUCGGAUCGAGUCACCCGUUCGCUGCGUCCUCCAGCUGAACUUCCUGAGCCACAGACCGGAGAUGCUGGCGACUCCGUCAAUCCCACGGACGCUUUGUCAGGCGUAAACUGCAUGAAAAAGGAGCGCGGCGCCAGCGAGAAACCGUUCGUGUGCCCGUUUUGCAGCAAACCCUUCAACCAGAGGGUCCAGUUGUCCCGACACCUCAGCGUCCACACGGGGGACAAACCCUUCCACUGCACGGUUUGCAGUAAAAUGUUCGCCACCAGGGACCGCUUGCGCUCCCACACGAAGAUCCACACCGGGGAAAAACCCUUCAGCUGCUCCGUUUGCGGCAAAAGAUUCUUCCACCGCGCGCAUUUGGUCAAGCACUCGCACAUUCACACGGGGGUGAAACCCUUUCCCUGCCUGUUCUGCGGGAAGAGGUUCUACUCCAACGGGGACCUGAUCAAGCACACCAGGACUCACACGGGGGAGAAACCUUUCACCUGCUCCAUCUGCAACACCAGCUUCAGCGACACUUCCACGCUGGGCAAGCACAAAAUAAGGCACACGGGCGAGAAACCCUUCAGCUGCAGCGUGUGUGACAAACGCUUCCCGUUCAAGUUCCAGGUGAAAAAGCACAAGUGCGCCGUGGCGAAUAGCGGCGGUAAUUGAACUGUGCUCGAUAACGUGAUGAUACUCCUCUAAGUGAUACCAUAUAAUGGUUCAUGUAUCAUGCGGUUUAUGUCAACAGAUAUACAGUCAGGUCCAUAAGUAAUCGUACUUCAACACAAUUCUAAUCCACAUUGGAUUUGAAAUACAACCGCACACUUAAAAGUUUUAAUUUGAGGGUAUUUAGUAAAAGUAAUGGGACAAUGGCCGCUCCAUGGCCAGGUGUUUGUUUUGACCUCAUUUACAAGCAGCACAAACAAGGUCUAGAGAUCAUUUCAAGUGAGCUAUUUGUAUUAUAAAUAUGUGGCUGUCAACUGUCAAUCCGAGAUCCGAAGAGCUGUGUCAGUGAAGCAAGCCAUCAUUAGGCUGAAAAAUCAAAACAAAGACCUUCUGUGAGGACUGACAGCCCGCAGGUCCGAGACCCACUGAAGGUUGGACCGCAGUGACCGAGUGGACUCACCCUCUGCUUUUCCCCAUGCAUGCUGCAUCCUGCUCCUGUACAUAGACAUGUUUUUUGUGUAAGCAUGUUAUAAGAGGGACAGUAGAGGAUGUUUGUAGUCCAGCUCGGUUCAAGAACAACAUGGGUAGAAGAGCUGCUCGAUUCAUUACAGAUAAAAGCACAUUAAAUAUGACGUCCAAAACAAAAUUGCUUCAGCGCCUGAAUGAGUCAGAAAAUAUUUUGAAUGCAACCUGAUUUUUUGCCAGGAGAGGUCGCUAUAACGAGUUCACCAAUGGAAUAUACAAUUGGACAUAUUAAGGCAGGGGUGUCCAAACUUUUUCCACUGAGGGCCGCACACGGAAAAAUUUAAGCAUGCGGGGGCCAUUUUGAUAUUUUUCAUUUUCAAACCUUAACAAAAUAUAUGGAUUUUUUUUUUUAACCUUUAGGGCUCCCGGGGACCAUAAAGGGUCUCAGUCAUUAAACUGUUAAAAAUAAGUCAUAUUAUUAUUAUUUUUUAUUUAUUUAACGCUUACAGUAAAUCUCUAUAUCAACUUGAGGUUGAUAUAAAGUAAAAAAAAAAAAAAGGUUUUAUGCC